GUGACGACCACGCCAUAUCCACGACGCUGCCACGUCCUUCACACACACCGCUAAUUCACAACACUGUUGCUUGCUUGGCCGCGCACACUCAUUCACCCACAACAACAGCCAGCCAGGUGACAGAUACGACGACAUCACAUCAGCGAGUCGCAGCUAUGCUGGAUUUGUUUACCAUCUUCACUCAGGGAGGCCUGGUGCUCUGGUGCUUCCAGGGUCCGGGAUUCUUGAGUGGCGACCCAAUCAACGGGUUCAUUCAGGACGUGCUGGUGGAGGGCCGCGGUGCCACUGCUGAUUCCUACACCGUGCAGAACUACAACAUCAAGUACCGCAUCGACGCCAACAACAACUUGGUCUUUGCGGCGGUUUACAACAAGUCCGUCGAGAGUGAGAGCGGGUACAUCGACAACCUACUGAACGUCGUCAAGAAGGACUUUGUCACACGAUUUCAAGACGAGUUGCAGCAGGGCACCAUUACGGGGCUUGAUUACACCAACGUGUUCCAAAAGGCAUUGGGAAAGGCGCAGCAAGACUACGCCGAGGAGACGUCGCGCGGGAUGCGCACGUUUGAGGAGACAGAGCGCUUUGCACACACAGCCAAGGGCUCCAACCUCACACGCAAAGCACGUGAGCAGCUGCGAAAGGAGCGGCAGCAGGCGCGUGGCGGGAGUCACGGAGAGGACGAGCUGUCGAGUGGCGAGGGCGACGAUGAUGACGGCAGCAGCGGUGGGGACGAGGACACGACGACAGGCGGUGACGCAACCAAGACCGGCAGUGGCAAUGGUCCCGCCGUUUCUGCAGAGGAACAGCGCAGACGCCGCGCACUCGCACUCAAGAACAAAGGCGUGCGGGGCCGUCGCUCCGGCGGUGGAAAGAAGCCGCGAUCAGCGGCGCAGCAGCCAUCAUCAUCAUCGUCGUCGUCACCAGCCAACCCGCCGCCCCGCAGCCGCGUCAGCACACGCGUCGAGCCAACAAAGCACACGCAGCUGAGCUACUGCGACCCCGACGAUCGGCCCGAGGCAGCAGACGCCAUCAGCGCCGACGACAUCGCCGAGGCCAAGCGGCAGGCUGCGCGGAUGGCGGAGGGCGUGCAGGACGUCGACUUUGGCUUUGACGCCGACGAGGAGCUGCUUGGGCAGGAGGACGGCGAUGACGACGGCAACGCAGCCAACGCCUCCGCCUCAACAACAACAGGCAGCCUCUUUACCCUCUUCAGGAAGAUCACGGGCACGUCGGAGAUGACGAAGGAAAACGUCCAGCCCAUCCUCGAUCAGAUGCAGCAGCACCUGAUGGCGAAGAACGUGGCAGCAGACGUUGCUGCAAAGCUGUGCGCGUCUGUGGGGGAGAAGCUUGUGGGGCGCACCAAGGGCACCUUCACCACCAUCAAGUCUGUUGUGAAGCAGGCCCUUGAGGAGUCGCUCACGCAGAUUCUGUCGCCCAAGCGCCAGAUUGACAUCUUGCGGGACGUGCGUGCGGCGCAGCAGGAGGGGCGGCCCUUCAGCAUGGUCUUCUGCGGCGUCAACGGCGUUGGCAAGUCGACAAACUUGUCGAAGAUUGCGUUUUGGCUGCUGAGCAACAACAUGCGGGUGAUGAUUGCGGCGUGCGACACAUUCCGCUCCGGCGCCGUCGAGCAGCUGCGCACGCACUGCCGCAAGCUCCGGACGAUGCUGGACGACACGGACGAUGCCCACCCGCGCGUGGUUGUGUACGACCGCGGGUACGGCAGGAACGACGCCGAGGUCGCGGCAGACGCCAUCCGCAUCGCCAAAUCGGAGAAGUAUGAUGUGGUGCUGAUUGACACCGCCGGCCGCAUGCAGGACAACGCCCCGCUCAUGCGCUCCCUCACACAGCUGAUUCGAACGAACAAGCCGGAUCUCGUCCUCUUCGUCGGUGAGGCGCUCGUCGGUAAUGAGGCCGUCGAUCAGCUGACAAAGUUCAACCGGGCGCUGCAAGACUACUCUGAGGAGCGCAAUCCGCGCGUGAUUGACGGCAUUCUUCUCACAAAGUUCGACACUGUUGACGACAAGGUUGGGUCGUCCAUCUCCAUGACAUACAUCACGGGCCAGCCCAUCGUGUUUGUGGGAACGGGACAGCACUACUUUGACCUCCGCAAACUCAACGUCAAGUCUGUCGUGUCGGCGCUCCUCAAGCCAGUGCAGAAGUGAAAUGUGGAGGAAAGGAGUAGCAGGCGGAGCGCCUUGCAACGAGACGCUCACCGUUGCCUGCAUGAAAUGCGUGCGUGUGCAGCAUGCAUGCAAGCAUAAGCAUGCAAGAACCCUCCCCAUCUCCUCUUGUUGUUUGUGUUUGAGGGUUUGUGAUACGGCGUGAAAGAACCAUAAACCAGAGCAGCUGUA